AUGGCCCUCCUCUUUCUCAAGAAGAAGCUGUUUCCAGCACAGGAACCAAGACUAUCGAGCAAGCCACUUCUAGCUCGCAUCGACGAUGACGAUACCGUCCACGAUGACUCGGACCAGGACCUCGAGAGCGGUCGUUCCUAUGAUACUUUCGGGCGCUGCAUCAGCAAUGACGGUUCCACCGUCGGCAGCAGCAGCAGCAGCGGCAGCACACGGGCACGCAUCAACCCUCGUAUUAUCUCCGAUGCCAUUCUCGGGUUAUCAGACGGGUUGACGGUGCCCUUUGCCCUCAGCGCAGGUCUAUCGGCACUCGGGAACACCAAAGUUGUCGUGCUGGGUGGUCUGGCCGAGUUGGCAGCGGGUGCCAUCUCCAUGGGACUGGGUGGAUACGUUGGAGCAAAGAGUGAAGCCGAAUCAUACGAAACCACGGUGCGCGAAACACAAGCCUUGAUCGAGAGCGACUCGCAAGAAACACAAGAUAUGGUCCGUGAGACCUUUGCGCCUUAUGGACUCUCCCACGCUGCCAUCGAAGACAUCACGCGCGACUUGCACGCCUCGCAAGAGCGGUUACUGGAGUUCCUGCUGGCCUUCCACCACCGCGAGUCCGCGCCCGACUGCAACCAGGCUUGGAUUUCGGCCAUCACGCUUGCACUGGGAUACUUCGUCGGUGGUUUCAUCCCGCUGAUCCCCUAUUUCAUCGUGUCGCAGGUCAUGACGGCCCUGUACUGGAGUAUUGGUGUGAUGGGCGUGACCCUGUUUGCAUUUGGUUAUAUCAAAACCUGCGUUGUACGCGGGUGGAAUGGACGUGAUAACGUCGUUGCGGGGAUUUGGGGAGGUGUGCAGAUGUGCUUCGUUGGAGGCGUUGCUGCCGGCGCGGCUAUCGGCCUGGUCCGGUUGAUUGACACGGGUGGUGCCAACUAG